AUGAGCAAGAGUGAAGAGAGGAAAGACCAGGCCACGGAAGAGGAAGAUGACGAUGAUGAUGAAGAAGCUGAGAUCAUGGAGAUCCGAGGUGUGGUGAUGACGCCCGGAAUUCACUGGAGCGUAGCCUGGGAACGACAUGUGGUGAAUGUCUAUACGGGGAUUGAAAUUUUUCAAAAUCUCAAGAUACCCCUGGGUCACAACAACCGCGAAAUAACACGGAUGUUAGAAGAGAGCAUUGAACAGAACAAACGGAUGACUAUCGAUUAUAGAAUUGCUGAUAAGGAAAUUCUUGAGGUCCGAUAUCGUUAG